AUGGGAAAAGAGCCGUCGUUUGAUGUCGUUCUCGACGACCAGCUGGACUACACGUAUGUGCCACAGGUCACGGCUGCGACGCGGGCGGCCGCUGCCGAAGAGAGAGCGACUCGCCGGUUUCUCGAACGCUGGACCGAGAGAGGCGGUAUCUCGCGGGACGGUGCCGACGAUGAGGACGAAGACGACGACAUUGGCGACCGCUUUCGCGAUGACGGACGGUACCUCGCCAACGAAAACCGCGACAUCACCCGGCUGCUUGACAAUGUGCGCCGCAUCCACGCCAAUGACCCAAACGCGCCGGAUCUGCCCACAGGCCACAAGAUGGUGCUGCUGGACCGGGCACGGCGCGUGAAAUUUGGGUACGUCAAGCCCCCACCCCAGACGCUGGUAGGGGGUCUCGACGGCGGCGUCAACACUUGUGUGUAUCAAAGAAGGCGAGUGCGGCCGGGCGAGGACGACGCGUUGUCUCUUCAUCGGGCACCGGCCGCGAGAACAUCGAUCGCACCUCGCCACCGUGCCGACACAGGAACCGCAUGCAUCGGCGUGCUUCCGGACACUAUCAGCACGGCCCGGGUGCCGCGGCCUGUCACGAGUCGUCGAAGCGGUGUAGCCACGAGGCGUUCGACCACCCAGACCAACAAACGAAACGCACGUCUGCAGCGAAAGCUCGCUGAGUAUUUGCUUCGACAGCCGGCGGAAAGUAUUGCGCGCGGCAAGUGA